AUGUCUUCUCCUCACCUGAAGGCCAUUGUUUUUGAUGUACGUCCCAAUAGCGCCGACGCGAACAACGUCUGCGGUACCAUUGGCGGCGUCGUCCUUCGUAGCCCGUUUAUUGCAAUCGAUGAGUUUGAGUCGGAGAAAGGCCUACCUAAGGAUUACCUGAAUGUCUCGAUAACCUCCCGAGGGCCUGGUGGUGCCUGGCAGAAGUUCGAACGUGGAGAGCUAUCCCUCUUCUCAUUUUACGAAGAGUUUGGACGUGACCUGUCUGACACAGACAAUAGUAACAAAUGGUACACGGCAUACUGUGCUCGCAAAAAAAUAGAGUGCCCGACUUUACCUGUGAUGCUUGAUAUUGACGGCCGCGAGGAUGAUGCGACAGACAGCUAUGAUUGCCACAUCCUACGGGCCAUUCACCGGAUAAGAGCGUCUGGAAGAUGGCUUAUCGUCGCUCUUACUAAUAAUUACUCGAAGCACAUCACGGACUCUUCUUCUUCACCCCUGACCGCAGGACAACCUCCUAUGGGAGUUCCCGACUCAGAGUUGCAGUUCUUGGGAUGGGAUGAUAAGGCAAAGUUUCAUCUCCGCGCGUUAUUCGACGACUUCUGUGACUCCAGCGAGUUGGGCAUGCGGAAACCUGAUCCUGAAUUCUAUCUUCUCGCCUGUCACCGAAAUGGCAUCCGUCCCGGAGAAGCCGUCUUCCUUGACGAUAUAGGAAUGAAUCUGAAGGCCGCUCGCGCUCUUGGCAUGGAGACCAUCCAUGUUCCGAUAGGUGGCACUCUUAAUGCAGUCAAGCAAUUGGAAGGCAAAUUAGGCAUCGACCUUACUAGUGACCUUGACCAUGACAACACAACAUAUGCUAAACUUUGA